UCUGUUUUUACGAGUAGCAGUUUGCACGGGGUUAUUUUAUUUUGAAAAUCCACCGGAUUCGAGGUGGUCCGACGCGUCAAAAGUUAAUAAACAAGUGUUGAGACGUUUCUGAAACGGACCACAGCGGAUCUGGUGGAGUUUGGGCGACGUGACAAGGCACCACUGCCCUGAACUAGGAGGCAAAGUCCGGUGCAAAGCUGAGAUCACAACAGAUUGAUCGAGCAGGAGAGACAGUCAUGGGCUUCCUUCCUUUCUUCUCUUUAGAAACAUGGAUUCUACUGAUCACAUUUAUCUGCGCAUUUGUUAUGUAUGGCAAAUCUACUCAUGGAAUAUUUGAGAAGUUGGGAAUCCCAGGUCCCAAACCGGUGAUGUACUGGGGCACAGUUGGCAGACACAACAUUGUUUACUUCUUGGACGACAAAGAGUGCGCUCAGAAGUAUGGAAAGGUGUGGGGCAUGUUUGAGUUUAAGAGGCCCUUGUUAGCUGUGAUGGACCCAGACAUGUUGAAAACCAUCCUGGUGAAGGAGUGCUUCACCUACUUUACCAACCGACGGGACUUACGUCUGAAUGGGGACCUCUAUGACGCAGUGUCUAUUGUUGAGGAUGACGAAUGGAGACGGAUUCGUAACAUCCUCUCUCCUUCCUUCACCUCUGGCCGCAUAAAAGAGAUGUUUAACAUCAUGAAACAUCAUUCACGCAAACUGACAGCCAGCCUGCAGUCCAAAGUCACCGACGAUGACGCUGUUAAAAUAAAAGACUUCUUUGGACCCUACAGUUUGGACGUGAUGGCAAGCUGUGCAUUCGGUGUGGAUAUGGACUCAAUCAACAACACCUCAAGUCCCUUGUUCAUACAUGCCUCAAAGCUGUUUAGAUUUAGCCCAACUCUUUUCAUUUUCCAAGGGUGUUUUCCCUUAUUUCUUCCACUCUUGGAGCUGUUGGGCUACUCCUUUUUCCCUAAGACUUCUACUGGUUACUUCGAAACGGUUGUAGAGAAGAUCAUAGUAGACCGCAAAGGGAGCUCACAUCAGAAAUCAGGAGAUUUCCUACAAAUUAUGAUCAACUCUAAGACUACUGAUGAACCCAAAAAUGAAGAGCAGAAAGAAGGUCUUACUCAUCAUGAGAUUGUUUCUCAAGCCACAGUGUUUGUGUUUGCCGGUCAUGAGACGAGUUCCCUGACUCUCGUUUUCUCUGCCUACAAUUUGGCAAGAAAUCCUGAAGUCAUGAAACGCCUGCAAGAGGAGAUAGACUCCAUUUUUCCUGAUAAGGGUCCAAUCGAAUAUGAAGCACUGAUGCAGAUGGAGUACCUUGAUGCUGUUGUCAAUGAGACUCUGAGGCUCUACCCUCCUGCUGCACGUCUGGAAAGAGCUGCCAAAGAAACUGUCCAGGUCAAUGGUAUCACAAUCCCAAAGGACAUGACUGUUGUUGUGCCAAUCUAUGCUCUGCACCAUGACCCUGAGAUAUGGCCAGAGCCAGAAGAGUUCAAACCUGACAGGUUUAGUAAGCUGAACAAGCAGAACAUCAAGCCAUAUACCUACCUGCCCUUUGGGGCUGGGCCAAGGAACUGUAUAGGGAUGCGAUUUGCUCUGGUGCUGGUUAAACUGGGCUUGGUGGAAGUUUUGCAGAACUACAGCUUCUCAGUCUGCGAGGAGACAGAGAUCCCUUUGAAGAUGGAACCUGCAAGCCUCGUUGGACCUCUAAACCCAAUCAAACUAAAGCUGGUGAAGCGUUGAGUCAUGUCCAACUAGGGAGACUAAUCCCACAAGCCUGAACUUUUCUGGAAAUUUGUACCUUUAGUAACUAAACAUGCUACUUAAAGUGUUAAAGAUCAGUAUUUUAAGUUCUUAGUCUGUAUCACCAGUGUAUCACUAUGUCAGUUUUGGUUCAGAUCAAAUUCAGUGAAUCAUGUUGAUGGCAAUUGUGGAAAAUUAUGGCACUUAUGAAUAACCUUUGAUCCAUAUAUGUUAUUUUCCAAAUCUGGUGAUGAUUAAAUAAAGAUGAAAACUCCCCAAACAGUUAAAAUGGUGGAAAAA